AUGAAGCCGAUUCUUUUGUACUUGGCUGUGGUGCUCUGCACCUUUGGCAAAGUGAAAAUGGAAGUAGGGAUGAAGUCAAAUGCCAAGAGUAUUAGUGGAAGUGAACAUCAGAACAUGAUUGCUGGAGGUAAACUGACAAGUAAUUUUGGAGCUGGUAUCUCUACACAUCUAGACUCUAAGUUGGAAAUAGCUACCAAGAAAAUUGCUUCAAGUAUUGUUAAUGGCAUUGGUACUUUGGCCAGUGCUAUAGGUAAAAGUACAAAGAAAUUAUGGGAAUACUUUUGGGAUCUAAUUCGUGAACAAACAAAGACUACUGCUGGUGGCACAGUUGGCAACCCUAUUGGAAUUGGAACCAGAAACUUAUUAGAUGUUAUACAUGAGCAGGUUGUUAACACAAUGGCCAGUGAUUCAGGAGCCAUAAGUUCAUCUGAGUACACUACAUCUGAACCACCCAGUACUCCAGAAAAAGGAUCCCACAUUCCAGAAGCAACUCCCACAUACUCAGAAGCAAAGGAAGUUACUGGUGAAACGUUUACAUGGGGCAAUGGUGCAUACAAAGCCCUCAACGGCCAAAUCUUCUCCUUUGAGUCUUCGUGCACAUACACUUUCUGCCGUGACUGUGCCGAAUCUGGAGGAGACUUCAAUAUCGAGAUCAAAAGACACAGCAACAGUGAGAUUGAAGAAAUAAAGGCUCUGAUUGAUGAUGUUGGCAUCUCAGUUUUGAAUAAUACUAUUUUUGUUAACGAAGAAAGGGUACAGGUGCCAUACACCAAUAAGAUGAUCCACAUUAAAAAACAGGGGGAUCACUAUGUUCUGAAUAGCCGCAGGAAAACCCUGUCUCUAAGAUGGAGCAAGAACAAACUCUCACUCACUCUCUAUAGCCAGUAUACAACAUGUGGUCUUUGCGGCAACUUCAACAGCACUCCAGGUCAAGAUAUUAAUGAGCACAUUGCCAAUAGUAAAAUUUCCAAUGACUGUCCCAGCGCUUUGAGCAGAAACAAUGAAGUUUGUGAAGAUGGAGUACAGUAUUGUGACAAGAUUAUUGGAACUUACUUUGAGAACUGUGGGAAGGUUUCUGCUUUAUCCAGUGAGUACAAAAAUGUGUGCAUUGAUGAGUAUUGCCGAACUGGAGGCGGCAAGAACACUACGUGUGCCACCUACUCCGAACUGGCCCGACUCUGUGCCUAUGAUGGUCCUGGUGUCUUUGAACACUGGAGAGAUGACUCUGCUGUAGUUUGUGAAAAGCAACAAUGUCCAGGAAAGCACAUCUACAAAGAAUGUGGACCUUCAAAUCCUCCAACUUGCUCUAAUGUGGCUCCUUUUCAAGACAGUGAAUGUGUGAGUGGCUGCACCUGUCCAGAAGGUUAUAUAUUGGAUGACAUUGGAGAGAAAGGAAAGUGUGUAUUAAAGGAAAAAUGUCCCUGUGAAUCUAAUGGGAAAGUGUACAAGUCAGGAGAAGUCCGACAAGGCCCCUGUGGUUCUCAGUGCACUUGCCACGAAGCUAAGUGGUCUUGUACCAAAGCUCUAUGUCCCGGGAUAUGUAAAGUGGAAGGGAGCUUAAUUACCACUUUUGAUGACAAUACAUUUAACCACCCUGGAGACUGUCACUUUGUGGCAGUCCAUAAUGAAAAUAUUUCUAUCAGCAUUGAGCUUCAUCCAUGUGAUGAUGGUCAGACGGGAUCAUGUUUAAAGAGUGUUACACUUCUCCAAAACUCUUCUGUUUCAGGUAGCAGAUUUGUGUUCAGCAGUGAUGGGACAGUCACAAAGGAUGGAGUUAGAAUUAAAGGUUAUUACUACUCAGAUGAUGUACAGAUCUUCAAUGCAUCUUCUUUAUACAUGCAAGCAGAAGUGCUCUCUCUUCUAAAAAUGCAGAUACAAAUAGCUCCUGCCAUGCAAUUGUAUUUGUCCAUGGCCCCCGAUGCAUUCACAGACACUGUCGGUCUUUGUGGUUCCUACAACAAUAAAGCAGAAGAUGAUUUCAUGUCAAGUCAGAAAAUACUGGAGAGUACAGCUCAGGCAUUUGCUAAUUCCUGGGAGAUGAUGUCUUGUUCUAAGGGGAGCCCCUCUUCCUGUAUCAGUAUUGAAACAGAGAAGUUUGCUGAAAGCAACUGUGGGAUUCUUCUCAAUUCAAGUGGGCCUUUUGCUGCCUGCCAUCAAACUGUGAAUCCCAAGUUCUACUAUGAGGAAUGCAAAAAAUAUACGUGCUCGUGUGAAAACAGCCAAGAUUGCCUGUGUACAAUUUUAGGGAACUAUGUGAAAGCAUGUGCUGAGAAAGAAACAUACCUAGUGGGCUGGAGAGCUGGACUCUGUGAGCUUUCCUGUCCAAGUGGCCUUGUGUUUGAAUACAAAGUGAAAACGUGUAACAGCUCUUGCCGAUCACUCUCACAACGAGACAGAAGCUGUGACAUACAAGACAUUCCAGUUGACGGAUGCACUUGCCCUGAUGGACUGUACCAGAACAGUGAUGGAAACUGUGUUAAGAAAUCUGAGUGUGACUGCUACGUAAAUGAUGACAUUGUGCAGCCUGGCAAAUCCAUCCUUAUUGAUGACAAUAGCUGUGUCUGCCAGGAUGGAGUGCUUCUUUGCCAAACUCCCCUUGAUUUGACCAUACAAAACUGUUCCAGAGGGGCUGAGUAUGUAGACUGCAAGGAUCCCAAGAUGCAGAGAAGGACUGAAAGGACAUGUAGCACCCGGAAUAUACCUGAUUUUGAGGGAGACUUGCCGUGCAAACGUGGGUGUUACUGUCCUGUAGGAAUGGUCCGCAACUCUAAAGGGAUAUGUAUAUUUCCUGAUGACUGUCCCUGCUCUUUUGGUGACAGAGAAUAUGAACAAGGAAGUGUUACUUCUGUUGGCUGCAAUGAGUGUACUUGCAUAAAAGGGUCUUGGAACUGUACCCAAAAUGAAUGUCAAACAACUUGCCACAUCUAUGGGGAUGGGCAUGUCAGAACCUUUGAUGGAGAAAGUUACAGCUUUGAUGGGCUUUGCCAGUACACAUUCCUUGAGGAUUACUGUGGUCAAGAAAAUGGCACAUUCCGUAUUUUAACCGAGAGUGUCCCAUGCUGUGAAAAUGGACUUACCUGCUCCAGAAAAGUCAUAGUGGCUUUCCAGGAUCAAAACAUUAUCUUGCAAGAUGGUAAAGUAACAGCAGUUCAAACUACUGAAAGUAAGGAUUGUGAACGCAAUGGGACCGUGUACUCCAUCCACACUGUUGGCCUCUACCUGAUUGUGAAACUUCCAAAUGGAAUCAUCCUGAUUUGGGACAAAUACACAAAAGUAUCUGUUAUUCUGGACCCAAGUUGGCAGAGCAAAGUGUGCGGUCUUUGUGGAAAUAACAACGGUGACCUUAAGGAUGACUUCACAACAAGGCACUCCUUGGUAGCUUCCACAGCCCUUGAAUUUGGAAACAGCUGGAAAACGAGUCAAGAGUGUUCAGACACAGUAACUCAAAGCUUCCCAUGUGACUCCAACCCAUACUGCAAAGCCUGGGCUGAGAAGAAGUGUGAGAUCAUCAGGGACGACACCUUCAGGGACUGCCACAGCAAGGUGGACCCCACGACUUACUACAAUGCAUGUAUCGAAGAAGCCUGCGCAUGCGAUAUGGAGGGGAAGUACCUUGGCUUCUGUACUGCUGUGGCAAUGUACGCAGAGGCAUGCAACGCAGCUGGAGUCUGUGUCUCAUGGAGGAAGCCAAAUCUUUGCCCCGUGUACUGUGACUAUUACAAUGCACCUGGGGAAUGCAGCUGGCACUAUGAACCUUGUGGCACAGUGACGGCCAAAACAUGCAAAGAUCAGGUCAUUGGCCAGAAGUUCUCUUCACUUCUAGAAGGCUGUUAUGCCAAAUGUCCAGAAAGUGCACCCUAUCUGGAUGAGAACACUAUGAAAUGUGUCCAGUUAUCUGAGUGCAGCUGUUUCUACAAUGAUGUCAUACCAGCAGGGGGUGCUGUUGUGGAUGACUGUGGAAGAACAUGCUAUUGUUCUGCUGGCGAACUGGAGUGCAGUGGCUCUACUGGAACCUCAGCUCCUGCUCUCUCCACGGCUGGAAGCACAGGGACAACAGCGGCCCCAAGCUCAAGGGUCACCACUUCAGCACUCACGACAGGAGGAACGUCCAGUACUUCUGUAGCCACAUCUAGCCAUGAGAAACACAGCACAGCAGGAGGACCAAGUACAAGCCCAGGAAACACUGGAAACACUGUUCUUCCCUCAGGAACAAGUGGCAGAGCAGAUACAGCCACCACUGGAGCAGCUGGUGAAAAUACAUCUGGCAGAACAGUUUCAGGGACCACAGGAGUGUCUUCAGGCUUCACCACUACUAGUCCCAGAGCCUCCAGCACACCAUCCACCACCUCUGCUGACAGCAAAUCAGGCACAAGUGGAGGAGCACAGGCAGCCACCACUGGAGUUUCUAGUGAAAACACGUCAGGAGUAACAGGUAUAUCCCAGACAUCAUCUGGAGGGACCUCUGCAGUGGCAGUAGGCAGUACUACAUCCUCAUCUACUGUUGAGCGAAGUAGCACCCCUAAGGACCAGAGCACUGGAACUAUGACCCCAGGAAACACAGAGAGUACAGCAAUGUCUUCAGGCCACACUACUACCCCUGGAGUCUCCUCAAGCAUGGCUUCAACCUCUGCCCACAGCAAAUCAGGCACACCCAGUGCAACUUCUGGGACCACCUUGGGAGGGACAGGGAGCAGCACCUCUCUUCCUGCAAGGACAGGAGCCCCAGGCACAGGUAAGACUUCUUCGCUUUUGGUAAAGCCUCAGCACCUCAUCCAUUCCUGUGAUGCCUCAGGGAGCUCAGUAACAUCCCCAGGCCACACUACUAUCUCUCAAGCCUCCAGUCUAUCACAAGCAUCUGCCAGCAACCAACCAGGCAAAACAGGAGCAUCAUCUGGAACAACAUCUGCAGUAGCAGGGAGCAGCACCCCUCAACCUGCAAGUACUGGAGCCCCAGGUUCAGAGAACACAGUAGUAACAUCCUCAGUCCACACUACCAUCUCUCCAGCCUCUAGUCUGUCCCCAGCUUUGACCACCAGCAGACCAGUCACACCUGGUGAAUCUACAACAACCCCCUCAGGAGGGAAAGGGAGCAGCUCCACCCUUCCUGCAAGUACUGCAGCCCCGGGUACAGUCACAACAGGAGCAUCAUCUGGAACAACAUCUGGAGUAGCAGGGAGCAGCACCACCCCUCAACCUUCAAGUACUGGAGCCCCAGGUUCAGGGAGCACAGUGACAUCCUCAGGCCACACCACCAUGUCUCAAGCCUCUAGUCUUUCCCCAGCAUCUACCACCAGCAAAACAGCAAUCCGGUCUGGAGAGGAAGGGAGCAGCUCCACUCUUCCUGCAAGUACUGCAGCCCCGGGUUCAGGCACAACAGGAGCAUCAUCUGGAACAACAUCUGGAAUAGCACGGAGCAGCACCCCUCAACCUGCAAGUACUGGAGCCCCAGGUUCAGGGAGCACAGUGACAUCCUCAGGCAACACUACCAUGUCUCAAGCCUCCAGUCUUUCCCCAGCCUCUACCACCAGCAAAACAGGCACAACAGGAUCAUCAUCUGGAACAACAUCUGGAGUAGCAGGGAGCAGCACCCCUCAACCUGCAAGUACUGGAGCCCCAGGUUCAGAGAACACAGUAGUAACAUCCUCAGUCCACACUACCAUCUCUCCAGCCUCUAGUCUGUCCCCAGCUUUGACCACCAGCAGACCAGUCACACCUGGUGAAUCUACAACAACCCCCUCAGGAGGGAAAGGGAGCAGCUCCACUCUUCCUGCAAGUACUGCAGCCCCGGGUACAGUCACAACAGGAGCAUCAUCUGGAACAACAUCAGGAGUAGCAGGGAGCAGCACCACCCCUCAACCUUCAAGUACUGGAGCCCAAGGUUCAGGGAGCACAGUGACAUCCUCAGGCCACACCACCAUGUCUCAAGCCUCUAGUCUUUCCCCAGCAUCUACCACCAGCAAAACAGCAAUCCGGUCUGGAGAGGAAGGGAGCAGCUCCACUCUUCCUGCAAAUACUGCAGCCCAGGGUUCAGGCACAACAGGAGCAUCAUCUAGAACAACAUCUGGAAUCACACGGAGCAGCACCCCUCAACCUGCAAGUACUGGAGCCCCAGGUUCAGGGAGCACAGUGACAUCCUCAGGCCACACUACCAUGUCUCAAGCCUCCAGUCUUUCCCCAGCAUCUACCACCAGCAAAACAGGCACAACAGGAUCAUCAUCUGGAACAACAUCUGGAGUAGCAGGGAGCAGCACCCCUCAACCUGCAAGUACUGGAGCCCCAGGUUCAGAGAACACAGUAGUAACAUCCUCAGUCCACACUACCAUCUCUCCAGCCUCUAGUCUGUCCCCAGCUUUGACCACCAGCAGACCAGUCACACCUGGUGAAUCUACAACAACCCCCUCAGGAGGGAAAGGGAGCAGCUCCACUCUUCCUGCAAGUACUGCAGCCCCGGGUACAGUCACAACAGGAGCAUCAUCUGGAACAACAUUAGGAGUAUCAGGGAGCAGCACCACCCCUCAACCUUCAAGUACUGGAGCCCCAGGUUCAGGGAACACAGUGACAUCCUCAGGCCACACCACCAUGUCUCAAGCCUCUAGUCUUUCCCCAGCAUCUACCACCAGCAAAACAGCAAUCCGGUCUGGAGAGGAAGGGAGCAGCUCCACUCUUCCUGCAAGUACUGCAGCCCCGGGUUCAGGCACAACAGGAGCAUCAUCUGGAACACCAUCUGGAAUAGCACGGAGCAGCACCCCUCAACCUGCAAGUACUGGAGCCCCAAGUUCAGGGAGCACAGUGACAUCCUCGGGCCACACUACCAUGUCUCAAGCCUCCAGUCUUUCCCCAGCAUCUACCACCAGCAAAACAGGCACAACAGGAUCAUCAUCUGGAACAACAUCUGGAGUAGCAGGGAGCAGCACCCCUCAACUUGCAAAUACUGUAGCCCCAGGUUCAGGGAGCACAGUGACAUCCUCAGGCCACACUACCAUCUCUCAAGGCUCUAGUCUUUCCCCAGCUUCUACCAGCAGCAAACCAGGCACAACAGGAACAUCAUCUGGAACAACAUCUGGAGUAGCAGGUAGCAGUCCCCCUCAACCUACAAAUACUAGAGCCCCAGGUACAGAGAGAACAGUGAUAUCCUCAGGCCACACUACCAUCUCUCAAGGCUCUAGUCUUUCCCUAGCCUCUACCAGCAGCAAACCAGUCACACCUGGUGCAACUACAACAACCUCCUCGGGAGCAGAAGGGAGCAGCUCCACUCUUCCUGCAAGUACUGCAGCCCCGGGUUCAGCUACCACAGGGGCAUCAUCUGGAACAACCUCUAUAGUUGCAGGGAGCAGCAACACUCAACCUGCAAGUACUGGAGCCCCAGGUUCAGGCACAAGUGGGGGAACAGGCACAGCAGUGACUGGAGCCACUGCAGAAAGCACAUCUGGAAGAACAGAGACAAAUCUAGAAUCAUCAGGUGUCACCACAGCAACAGACAAAGGGAAAGAAAAUGGCAAUGGCACAGGAUUCAGAGAAGGUUCAACAGGAGCAUCUGUAGGAACCAGCUCCGGAGCAGGCCAGGAAGACUCACCUGGAACAAUACCAGGCACUGCAGCCACCAGCUCUGUCACACCAUCAGGAACAAGAGGAGGGACGGAUGCAGCCACCACUGGAGCUGCCGAGAAAAGCACACCCAGUGGAACAGGUUCAACAAAGUUAUCUGUGGGAACCUCCUCAGUAGCAGGCAGUGGAAGCUCAACUGGAACACCAGGCAUUGGGACCACCAGCACUAUUACACCAACAGGCACAGCCAAAGCAUCCUCUGCUACAACCUCUGCAACAGCUGUGAGCAGCAGCCCUGGGACAGCAGGCACUGGAGCCCCAGGUUCUGAUUCUGCAAGGACCACAGCUUCUGGUUCAGUAGCCACAGCCAAACCAUCCACCUCUGCCAGCACAGAACCAGGCACCAUAAACACUUCUGGAAGCUCUACCACUGUGAGUCCUGAGACAUCAACUAGACCAGUCACCACCUCUGCUAAGAGCAGUGCAGGCUCUUCUGGAACAUCAGCUGCUCUCACCUCCUCAGUGGGAGAUGCAGGUACCACAGCAACCCUGCACUCCAGCCUCACCAGUUCUGGGACCACAGAAGGCAAAAUCAGUUCCACCAUGUCAAUGUCUACCCAAAGAGAAGGCAGCACACCCAGGGAACAAGGUACUGCAGCUACAAGUCCAGGAACCUCAGGAACAAGAACAGGAACAAAUGCAGCCAGCACUGGAGCUACUGGAAUGAGUGCAUCUGGAGGAUCAGGCACAGCCAAAGCAUCCUCUGCAACAACCUCUGCAGCAGCUGUGAGCAGCAGCCCUGGGACAGCAGGCACUGGAGCCCCAGGUUCUGAUUCUGCAAGGACCACAGCUGCUGGUUCAGUAGCCACAGCCAAACCAUCCACCUCUGCCAGCACAGAACCAGGUUCAACAAAGUUAUCUGUGGGAACUUCCACACUAGCAGACAAUGGAAGCUCAACUGGAACACCAGGCAUUGGGACCACCAGCACUGUUACACCAACAGGAACAAGAGCAGGAACAGAUGCAGCCACCACUGCCACUCCUGGAAGGAGCACAUCUGGAGGAUCAGGCACAGCCAAAGCAUCCUCUGCAACAACCUCUGCAGCAGCUGUGAGCAGCAGCCCUGGGACAGCAGGCACUGGAGCCCCAGGUUCUGAUUCUGCAAGGACCACAGCUGCUGGUUCAGUAGCCACAGCCAAACCAUCCUCCUCUGCCAGCACAGAACCAGGCACAAGUAGAGGAGCAGGUACAUCUACUUUGGAAGUCACUGUAGGAAGCACAUCUGGAAGAACAGAAACUGUAAGCACUUCUGGAGGCUCAAACACUGUAAUUCCUGAAACAUCAACUAGACCGGGCUCAACUUCUGUAAGGAGCAGUGCAGACUCUGCUGGAACACCAGCUGCUCUCACCUCCUCAGUGGGCGAUGCAGACACCACAGCAACCCUGAACUCCAGCCUCACCAGUUCUGGGACCACGGAAGGCACAGGAAGUCCCACUGUGGCAGUGUCUACUCAAGGAGAAGGCAGUACACCCAGGGAACAAGGCACUGCAGCUACAAGCCCAGGAACCUCAGGAGCAAGAGCAGGAACAGAUGCAGCCACCGCUGCAGCUCCUGGAACGAGCACAUCUGCAGAAUCAGGCACAGCCAAAGCAUCCUCUGCAACAACCUCUGCAGCAGCUGUGAGCAGCAGCCCUGGGACAGCAGGCACUGGAGCCCCAGGUUCUGAUUCUGCAAGGACCACCACUGCUGGUUCAGUGGCUACAGCCAAGCCAUCCACCUCUGGAAGCACAGAACUAGGCACACCUGGUAGAUCUACUGCAACCCCCUCGGGAGAGGCAGGGAACAGCACCCCUCUUCCUGCAAGUACUGCAGCCCUGGGUUCAGGCACAACAGGAGCAUCUUCUGGAACAACGUCUGGAGUAGCAGGGAGCAGCACCCCUCAACCUUCAAGUACUGGAGCCCCAGGUUCAGGGAGCACAGUGACAUCCUCGAAUCACAGUACCAUCUCUCAAGCCUCUAGUCUGUCCCCAGCUUCUACCACCAGCAAACCACCAGGCACACCCAGUGAAUUUUCGGGAACCACCUCGGAAGUAGCAGGGAGCAGCACCCCCCUACCUGCAAGUACUGGAGCCCCAAGUUCAGGGAGCACAGUGACAUUCUCAGGCCACACUACCAUCUCUCAAGCCUCUAGUCUGUCCCCAGCCUCUGCCAGCAGCAAACCAGCAACAACUGGCUCAACAGCUGGAACAACUAGAUCCCCAAGCAGUGAGCUCACCUCACCUGAAGUAAAUGCAGAAACAACAGAAGCAGUCAAGGAGGCCGUAACCUCAGUCCCAGGCACAGGAGUCACCACUGGAAGUCCAGCAGGGAACACAGUGACAUCCUCAGGCCACACUACCAUCUCUCAAGCCUCCAGUCUGUCCCCAGCCUCUGCCAGCAGCAAAGCAAGCACAACAGGAGUAUCAUCUGGAACAACAUCUGGAGUAGCAGGGAGCAGCCCCCCUCAAUCUGCAAGUACUGGAGCCCCAGGUUCAGGGAGCACAGUAACAUCCUCAGGCCACACUACCAUCUCUCAAGGCUCUAGUCCUUCCCCAGCCUCUACCACCAGCAAACCAGUCACACCUGGUGCAUCUACAACAACCCCCUCAGGAGCCGGAGGGAGCAGCUCCACUCUUCCUGCAAGUACUGCAGCCCCGGGUACAGCUACCACAGGAGCAUCAUCUGGAACAACCUCUGUAGUUGCAGGAAGCAACAACAUUCAAUCUGCAAGUACUGGAGUCCCAGGUUCAGGCACAAGUGGGGGAACAGGCACAGCAGUGACUGGAGCCACUGCAGAAAGCACAUCUGGAAGAACAGAGACAAAUCUAGAAUCAUCAGGUGUCACCACAGCAACAGACAAAGGGAAAGAAAAUGGCAAUGGCACAGGAUUCAGAGAAGGUUCAACAGGAGCAUCUGUAGGAACCAGCUCCGGAGCAGGCCAGGGAGACUUACCUGGAACAAUACCAGGCACUGCAGCCACCAGCUCUGUCACACCAUCAGGAACAAGAGGAGGGACGGAUGCAGCCACCACUGGAGCUGCCGAGAAAAGCACACCCAGUGGAACAGGUUUUACCACUAAGCAACUGUCCACUGAUGGGAAAGGAAGCACACCCAGGGAAGAAGAAACUGGAGCCACAAGCUCAGGAACUUCAGAUUCAACAAAGAUAUCUGUGGAAACCUCCUCAGUAGCAGGCAGUGGAAGCUCAACUGGAACACCAGGCACUGGGACCACCAGAACUGUUACAUCAUCAGGAACAAGAGCAAGAACAGAUGCAGCCACCACUGCGGCUCCUGGAAUGAGCACAUCUGGAGGAUCAGGCACAGCCAAAGCAUCCUCUGCUACAACCUCUGCAGCAGCUGUGAGCAGCAGCCCUGGGACAGCAGGCACUGGAGCCUCAGGUUCUGAUUCUGCAAGGACCACAGCUGCUGGUUCAAUGGCCACAGCCAAACCAUCCACCUCUGCCAGCACAGAACCAGGCUCUGCUGAAACACCAGCUGCUCUCACCUCCUCAGUGGCCAAUGCAGACACUACAGCAUCCCUGCACUCCAGCCUUACCAGUUCUGGGACCAUGGAAGGCACAGGAAGUCCCACUGUGGCAGUGUCUACUCAAGGAGAAGGCAGUACACCCAGGGAACAAGGCACUGCAGCUACAAGCCCAGGAACCUCAGGUUCAACAGGAGCAUCUGUAGGAACCAGCUCAGGAGAUGGCAAGGGAAGCUCCCCUGGAACACCACCAGGCACUGGAUUCACCGGCUCUGUCACACCAUCAGAAGUCUCCACUAAACCUAUGUCCAGUGACGAGGAAGACAGCACAUCCGAGGAACAAAGACCUGGAACUACAAGCCCAGGAACCUCAGCAUCCAUGAAAACUUCUGGAAGCUCCACCACUGUGAGUCCUGAGACAACGAGACCAGUUACCACCUCUGCCAGGAGCAGUGCAGGCUCUGCUGGAAUAUCAGGUGUUCUCACCUCCUCAGUAGGAGAUGUAGGCACCACAGCAACCCUGCACUCCAGCCUUACCAGUUCUGGGACCACGGAAGGCACAGGAAGUCCCACUGUGGCAGUGUCUACUCAAGGAGAAGGCAGCACACCCAGGGAACAAGGCACUGCGGCUGCAAGUCCAGGAACCUCAGGUUCAACAGGAGCAUCUGUAGGAACCAGCUCAGGAGCUGGCAAGGGAAGCUCCCCUGGAACACCACCAGGCACUGGAUUCACCGGCUCUGUCACACCAUCAGAAGUCUCCACUAGACCUACAUCCAGUGAUGAGGAAGACAGCACAUCAGAGGAACAAAGACCUGGAAAUACAAGCCCAGGAACCUCAGUGUCCAUGGAAACUUCUGGAAGCUCCACCACUGUGAGUCCUGAGGCAACAACGAGACCAGUCACCACCUCUGCCAAGAGCAGUGCAGAAAGGUCAACUACUCUCACCUCCUCAGUGGGAGUUGCAGGCACCACAUCAACCCUGCACUCCAGCCUCCCUAGUUCUGGAACCACGGAAGGCACAGGAAGUCCCACUGUGGCAGUGUCUACUCAAGGAGAAGGCAGUACACCCAGGGAACAAGGCACUGCGGCUGCAAGUCCAGGAACCUCAGGUUCAACAGGAGCAUCUGUAGGAACCAGCUCAGGAGCUGGCAAGGGAAGCUCCGCUGGAACACCACCAGGCACUGGAUUCACCGGCUCUGUCACACCAUCAGCAGGCACUACCACAACCACACCAAGUGGUAAAGAAGGCAGCACACCUGGAGAUAAUAGCUCUAGAGUUACCAGUGCAGAAGUGCCAGCCACAGGUGGAAUAACAAGUGCACCAGCUUCUGGAGCCACUGCAGAAAGCACAUCUGGAAGAACAGGAACCAUAAACACUUCUGGAGUCUCCACCACCAUGAGACCUGAAACAUCGACUAGGUUACUCACAGCCUCUGCUAGUGGCCGUACAGCAACAACUCUAGAGUCUUUGAGAGUAACCACAACAACAGGCAAAGGGGAAGGAAAUGGUAAUGACACAGAAUUCAGAGGAGUGACAACAACAUCUCAGCAAUCAACUGAACUGAUGGAAACAUCCACACCUGUUGUUGGUAACACAGUAAAAUCUACUGUAGAUUCAGAUCAAACUGCAACAGGACCAUCUUCAUCUCAAAGCCAACAAACAAGCACAGAAAAUGUUAAAGGAACAGGAAAGACUAUUGUGUCAGCUGGAGUUACAGAGAGAACUACACAAUCCUUUGAACAAUCAGCAACUACUGGGCCAUCAACUAAAGCACCAGAAACAACGAAGUUAUCUAUAAGUGGAACACAGACAACUGCCCCAUCAACUAGAGCAACAGAGGCAAAUCCAGACUCAGCUGGAGAAGACACAGGAACUACACCAACACCUAGAGUGGCAUUGACAUCUGGACAAACACCUGUAACCACAGUAGGAACUAAUCCCACAGUUUCAGGGUCAGGAAGCAUUGUAACAACUGGUAAAUUGAUUGUGACAUCAGGACAGACCAAUAGGGAGAAAGGCACAUCUGAGACACUGCCUGAAGUAAAGGAGACAUCCAUAACUACAGUAGGGAGAACAGUGCAAUCUACUGUAGUUUCAGAUCAAGCUACAACAUCUUCUGGCCCUACAAUGACAACAGGGCCUUCAUCAUCUCAUAGACUACGAACCAGUACAGAAAAUGUUAGUGAAACAGGGGCAACUAUUGUGUCAACUGCAGUUACAGAGAGAACUUCAAAGUCUUAUGAACAAUCAGCAACUACUGGGCCAUCAAGUAAAGCACCAGUAACAACAAAAGUAUCUACAAUUGGCACACAGUCAACUGGCCCAUCAAGUAGAGCAACAGAGGCAAAUCUAGCCUCAGCUGGAGAAGCAACAGGAACUACUUCAACACCCAGAGUUCCAGUGACAUCUGGAGAAACACCAGUGACCACAGCAACAACUAGUCCCUCAGUUUCAAUGUCAGGAAGUACAGGAACAACUGGUAAAUCAACUGAGACAUCUGGACAGACAACUACGGUGAAAGGCAUAUCUGAAACACCACCUGAGGUGACAGAGACAUCCACACCUAAAGUAGGGAGCACAGUGCGAUCUACUGUAAUUUCAGAUAAUUCCAUGGUGUCUUCUGGUCCUACAACAACAACAGGACCUUCCUCAUCUCAUGGACUAACAACAAGUACAGAAAGUGUUAGGGGAACAGGGACAACUACUUUGUCAACUGUAGUUACAGAGAGAACUUCAAAGUCUUCUGAGCAAUCAGCAACUACUGAGCCAUCAUCUAAAGCACCAGAAACAACAAAGGUAUCUAAAAGUGGCACACAGACAACUGGCCCAUCAAGUAGUGCAACAGAGGCAAAUCGAGCCCAAGUUGGAGAAGCCACAGGAACUACAACAACACCUAGAGUGGCAUUGACAUCUGGACAAACACCUGUGACCACAGCAGCAACUAGUCCCUCAGUUUCCAUGUCAGGAAGUACAGUAACAACUGGUAAAUCAACUGAGACAUCUGGACAAACCACUAUUGUGAAAGGCACAUCUGGAACAUCACCUGAAGUGAUGGAGACAUCCACACCUAAAGAAGGGAGCACAGUGAGAUCUACUGUAGUUUCAGAAAGUUCUAUGGUGUCUUCUGAUCCUACAACAACAACAGGACCUUCCUCAUCUCAUGGACUAUCAACAAGUACAGAAAGUGUUAGGGGAACAGGGACAACUUCUUUGUCAACUGUAGUUACAGAGAGAACUUCACAGUCUUCUGAACAAUCAGCAACUACUGGGCCAUCAACUAAAGCACUAGAAACAACGAAGGUAUCUACAAUUGUCACACAGUCAACUCGCUCAUCAAGUAGAGCAACAGAGGCAAAUCCAGCCCAAGAUGGAGAAGCCACAGGAACUACAACAACACCUAAAGUGGCAUUGACAUCUGGACAAACACCUGCAAACACAGCAGCAACUAGUCCCUCAGUUUCCAUGUCAGGAAGUACAGUAACAACUGGUAAGUCAACUGAGCCAUCUGGACAGACUACUAUGGUGAAAGGCACAUCUGGAACAUCACCUGAAGUGACGGAGACAUCCAUACAUACAGUAGGGAGCACAGGGCGAUCUACUGUAGUUUCAGAUCAAGCUACAACAUCUUCUGGCCCUACAAUGACAACAGGACAUAAAUCAUCUCAUGGACUAUUAACAAGUACAGAAAGAGUUAGUGAAACAGGGAUAACUAUUGUGUCAACUGCAGUUACAGAGAGAACUUCAAAGUCUUUUGAAACAUCAGCAACUACUGGGCCAUCAAGUAAAGCACCAGAAACAACAAAGGUAUCCACAAUUGUCACACAGUCAACUGGCCCAUCAAGUAGAGCAACAGAGGCAAAUCCAGCCUCAGCUGAAGAAGCCACAGGAACUACACCAACACCUAGAGUGGCAUUGACAUCUGGACAAACACCUGUGACCACAGCAGCAACUAGUCCCUCAGUUUCCAUGUCAGGAAGUAUAGUAACAACUGGUAAAUCAACUGAGACAUCUGGACAAACCACUAUUGUGAAAGGCACAUCUGGAACAUCACCUGAAGUGACGGAGACAUCCACACCUAAAGAAGGGAGCACAGUGAGAUCUACUGUAGUUUCAGAAAGUUCUAUGGUGUCUUCUGGCCCUACAAUGACAACAGGACCUUCCUCAUCUCAUGGACUAUCAACAAGUACAGAAAGUGUUAGGGGAACAGGGACAACUAUUGUGUCAACUGCAGUUACAGAGAGAACUUCAAAGUCUUUUGAAACAUCAGCAACUACUGGGCCAUCAAGUAAAGCACUAGAAACAACAAAGGUAUCCACAAUUGUCACACAGUCAACUGGCCCAUCAAGUAGAGCAACAGAGGCAAAUCCAGCCUCAGCUGAAGAAGUCACAGGAACUACACCAACACCUAGAGUGGCAUUGACAUCUGGACAAACACCUGUGACCACAGCAGCAACUAGUCCCUCAGUUUCAAUGUCAGGAAGCACAGUAACAACUGCUAAAUCAACUGAGACAUCUGGACAGACUACUAUGGUGAAAGGCACAUCUGGAACAUCACCUGAAGUGACGGAGACAUCCAUACAUACAGUAGGGAGCACAGGGCGAUCUACUGUAGUCUCAGAUGAAGCUACAACAUCUUCUGGCCCUACAAUGACAACAGGACAUAAAUCAUCUCAUGGACUAUUAACAAGUACAGAAAGAGUUAGUGAAACAGGGACAACUAUUGUGUCAACUGCAGUUACAGCGAGAACUUCAAAGUCUUUUGAAACAUCAGCAACUACUGGGCCAUCAAGUAAAGCACCAGAAACAACAAAGGUAUCCACAAUUGUCACACAGUCAACUGGCCCAUCAAGUAGAGCAACAGUGGCAAAUCCAGCCUCAGCUGAAGAAGCCACAGGAACUACACCAACACCCAGAGUUCCAGUGACAUCUGGAGAAACACCAGUGACCACAGCAACAACUAGUCCCUCAGUUUCAAUGUCAGGAAGUACAGGAACAACUGGUAAAUCAACUGAGACAUCUGGACAGACAACUACGGUGAAAGGCAUAUCUGAAACACCACCUGAGGUGACAGAGACAUCCACACCUAAAGUAGGGAGCACAGUGCGAUCUACUGUAAUUUCAGAUAAUUCCAUGGUGUCUUCUGGUCCUACAACAACAACAGGACCUUCCUCAUCUCAUGGACUAACAACAAGUACAGAAAGUGUUAGGGGAACAGGGACAACUACUUUGUCAACUGUAGUUACAGAGAGAACUUCAAAGUCUUCUGAGCAAUCAGCAACUACUGAGCCAUCAUCUAAAGCACCAGAAACAACAAAGGUAUCUAAAAGUGGCACACAGACAACUGGCCCAUCAAGUAGUGCAACAGAGGCAAAUCGAGCCCAAGUUGGAGAAGCCACAGGAACUACAACAACACCUAGAGUGGCAUUGACAUCUGGACAAACACCUGUGACCACAGCAGCAACUAGUCCCUCAGUUUCCAUGUCAGGAAGUACAGUAACAACUGGUAAAUCAACUGAGACAUCUGGACAAACCACUAUUGUGAAAGGCACAUCUGGAACAUCACCUGAAGUGAUGGAGACAUCCACACCUAAAGAAGGGAGCACAGUGAGAUCUACUGUAGUUUCAGAAAGUUCUAUGGUGUCUUCUGGUCCUACAACAACAACAGGACCUUCCUCAUCUCAUGGACUAUCAACAAGUACAGAAAGUGUUAGGGGAACAGGGACAACUUCUUUGUCAACUGUAGUUACAGAGAGAACUUCACAGUCUUCUGAACAAUCAGCAACUACUGGGCCAUCAACUAAAGCACUAGAAACAACGAAGGUAUCUACAAUUGUCACACAGUCAACUCGCUCAUCAAGUAGAGCAACAGAGGCAAAUCCAGCCCAAGAUGGAGAAGCCACAGGAACUACAACAACACCUAAAGUGGCAUUGACAUCUGGACAAACACCUGCAAACACAGCAGCAACUAGUCCCUCAGUUUCCAUGUCAGGAAGUACAGUAACAACUGGUAAAUCAACUGAGACAUCUGGACAGACUACUAUGGUGAAAGGCACAUCUGGAACAUCACCUGAAGUGACGGAGACAUCCAUACAUACAGUAGGGAGCACAGGGCGAUCUACUGUAUUUUCAGAUCAAGCUACAACAUCUUCUGGCCCUACAAUGACAACAGGACAUAAAUCAUCUCAUGGACUAUUAACAAGUACAGAAAGAGUUAGUGAAACAGGGACAACUAUUGUGUCAACUGCAGUUACAGCGAGAACUUCAAAGUCUUUUGAAACAUCAGCAACUACUGGGCCAUCAAGUAAAGCACCAGAAACAACAAAGGUAUCCACAAUUGUCACACAGUCAACUGGCCCAUCAAGUAGAGCAACAGAGGCAAAUCCAGCCUCAGCUGAAGAAGCCACAGGAACUACACCAACACCUAGAGUGGCAUUGACAUCUGGACAAACACCUGUGACCACAGCAGCAACUAGUCCCUCAGUUUCCAUGUCAGGAAGUACAGUAACAACUGGUAAAUCAACUGAGACAUCUGGACAAACCACUAUUGUGAAAGGCACAUCUGGAACAUCACCUGAAGUGACGGAGACAUCCACACCUAAAGAAGGGAGCACAGUGAGAUCUACUGUAGUUUCAGAAAGUUCUAUGGUGUCUUCUGGUCCUACAACAACAACAGGACCUUCCUCAUCUCAUGGACUAUCAACAAGUACAGAAAGUGUUAGGGGAACAGGGACAACUUCUUUGUCAACUGUAGUUACAGAGAGAACUUCACAGUCUUCUGAACAAUCAGCAACUACUGGGCCAUCAACUAAAGCACUAGAAACAACGAAGGUAUCUACAAUUGUCACACAGUCAACUCGCUCAUCAAGUAGAGCAACAGAGGCAAAUCCAGCCCAAGAUGGAGAAGCCACAGGAACUACAACAACACCUAAAGUGGCAUUGACAUCUGGACAAACACCUGCAAACACAGCAGCAACUAGUCCCUCAGUUUCCAUGUCAGGAAGUACAGUAACAACUGGUAAAUCAACUGAGACAUCUGGACAAACCACUAUUGUAAAAGGAACAUCUGGAACAUCACCUGAAGUAAAGGAGACAUCCAUACAUACAGUAGGGAGCACAAGGCGAUCCACUGUAGUUUCAGAUCAAGCUACAACCUCUUCUGGCCCUACAAUGACAACAGGACCUUCCUCAUCUCAUGCACUAUCAACAAGUACAGAAAGUGUUAGUGAAACAGGGACAACUAUUGUGUCAACUGUAGUUACAGAGAGAACUUCACAGUCUUCUGAACAAUCAGCAACUUCUGGGCCAUCAACUAAAGCACCAGAAACAACAAAGUUAUCUCUAAGUGGCACACAGUCAACUGGCCCAUCAAGUAGAGCAACAGAGGCAAAUCCAGCCUCAGCUAAAGAAGCUACAGGAACUACUUCAACACCCAGAGUGCCAGUGACAUCUGGGCAAACACCUGUGACCACAGUAGCAACUAGUCCCUCAGUUUCAGUGUUAGGAAGUACAGUAACAAUUGGUAAAUCAACUGAGACAUCUGGACAGACUACUAUGGUGAAAGGCACAUCUGGAACAUCACCUGAAGUGACAGAGACAUCCACACCUACAGUAGGGAGCACAGGGCAAUCUACUGUAGUUUCAUAUCAAGCUACAACAUCUUUUGGCCCUACAAUGACAACAGGACCUUCAUCAGCUCAUGGACUAUCAACAAGUACAGAAAUUGUUAAGGAAACAGGGACAACUAUUGUUUCAACUGUACUUAAGGAGAGAACUUCAAAGUCUUUUGAAACAUCAGCAACUACUGGGCCAUCAACUAAAGUACCAGAAACAACCAAGGUAUCAGUUACUGACACAAAUAUACCUGACUUGUCAACAGGUGUAACUUUAAGAAACGUGUCAUUAGUUGAAGAAUCGACUACAACUGCAGCCUCAGCUAAAGUAAUGUUAACUACUAAGGUAACAGUCACUGGCUUGGGGACUAUUAAUUCAUCAACUGCUGUUGCAGAGACAACUGUGUCAUAUGAUGGAAAAUUAUUUUCAACUGGAUCAGGAGCUGGAGUGUCCAUUUCAUCUGUGCAAACACCUGCAACUACUGGUGUUUCCAAAGCUUCACCACAAUCUAUAAGCACAAUUGGUGAUUUGACUUCAACAUUGAAAUCAUCACCUGAAAUGUCUGUAACAUUUCAUCCUUCAAGUGGAAGCACAAUUACAUCCAAUGUAUUUACUGAAGUUCCUGGAAGAACUGUACCAGCUGAGGAAGGAACUACAAGCAGAGGAAAUACUACUACAGGAACAAGAGCAGAGUCUACAACAAAUAAAGAGCCAUCAAGACAGCCUGCAAUAACAGCCACCACGGGCCUUACCUCUGCCACAACUGUUGCCCCAAGCAGUUCUAACACAGGGACCACUGGUACAGUCUCCAGGGAAACUAAAGAACCAGUGAGGUCUAAUACAGAGGCCACAACUUCCGCAGAGGGCAGUGGAACUACCCAUGGAGAAGUUCCAACAGGGACAAAGGGAAGAGCAGAUGAAGACAUCAGUGGUUCUUCCGAGGAAAGCACAUCUGGGGAAAGAGGUACCACCCAUGCAGCUGUCAGUGAAACUAAGGCAUCUGGGAGUUCCAGCACAGAAAUCAUUACAUCGGCUGGAGGAAAUACAGGUUCAGAGAGUUCUAUUUCAGAUUCCACUUCAGUAGCAGCUGAAGUCACAACCAGUGCCCACAUACCCCAGCCAGUGUGUCAUGGUCCACUGGGAGAAGAGAAAUCUCCUGGAGAUGUAUGGACAUCUAAUUGCCAUCAGUGUACCUGUACUGAAGAAAGGGCUGUGGACUGCAGACCUAAGGAGUGCCCUUCUCCACCCACCUGCAAAACUGGAGAGAAGCUUAUGACAUUCAAAUCGAAUGAUUCCUGCUGUGAAAUUGGCCACUGUGAACCAAGAACAUGUUUAUUUAACAAUACUGAUUAUGAGAUUGGUGCAUCCUUUGAUGACCCUAGAAACCCAUGUGUCUCCUACACCUGCAACAGCACUGGCUUGAUGGCCCUGGUUCAGGACUGCCCAAAGCAAACCUGGUGCACAGAAGGAGAGAGAACCUAUGAUUCAAAGAAAUGUUGCUAUACAUGUAAGAGUGACUGCAGAACUUCACCUGUGAAUGUGACCAUUAGAUAUAAUGGCUGUAAGAAGAGAGUUGAGAUGGCAAGAUGUGCAGGGGAAUGCAAAAGGACCCUCAAGUACAAUUAUGAGACCUUCCAAUUGGAGAAUUCAUGUAUUUGCUGCCGUGAAGAAAACUAUGAAUACAGGGACAUUGAACUCGAUUGUCCUAAUGGCGGCACCAUCCCAUACAGAUACAGGCACACUACAACUUGCUCUUGUCUGGACCAGUGUGAACAGUCUUCAGCCAGUUAAUACCUGCAUUGCCUUUCUGGUUGCACUU